AUGGCAUUUCAGUGUUUGAUUUGGGUCAGCUCUCUUCUCUUCGCUGCCCAGGUCUGUUCAAUGCCCAUAAAAUGUCAACUUCAGCUGAGGCUCGUCGAAACAACUCACAACUUACUGGAGAACAUGGCGGGUCCAAUUCCUUUCCAAUGUUUAGAUGAAAAGUUUGGAAUAAAAUUGCCCACCUGGGCUCUGCAGUCAAACGACUCCAAACAGGAUGUGGGCGUCACAAAGGCCGUGUUUAAGACCUUUAUGAACAUGGGCUCCCUAAUGGAGAACGACGGCAUUCCGCAGUACUGGGAUUCUGGAAAGCUGGAGAAUUUUGAGAACAUCGUUUAUCGACAAAUCAGUGAAAACAUUUGCAAUUUGGGCGUUUCAGCACAAGAGGAUGAAGACGGCUUUGCUCAGAGAGACGCUGCACUCACGCACUAUUUUCAGAAACUGGAAGCACUUUUUAAAGAGAAGGAGUUCACUCCUUUCUUCGCUGCCCAGGUCUGUUCAAUGCCCAUAAAAUGUCAACUUCAGCUGAGGCUCGUCGAAACAACUCACAACUUACUGGAGAACAUCGCGGGUCCAAUUCCUUUCCAAUGUUUAGAUGAAAAGUUUGGAAUAAAAUUGCCCACCUGGGCUCUGCAGUCAAACGACUCCAAACAGGAUGUGGGCGUCACAAAGGCCGUGUUUAAGACCUUUAUGAACAUGGGCUCCCUAAUGGAGAACGACGGCAUUCCGCAGUACUGGGAUUCUGGAAAGCUGGAGAAUUUUGAGAACAUCGUUUAUCGACAAAUCAGUGAAAACAUUUGCAAUUUGGGCGUUUCAGCACAAGAGGAUGAAGACGGCUUUGCUCAGAGAGACGCUGCACUCACGCACUAUUUUCAGAAACUGGCAGCACUUUUGAAAGAGAAGGAGUUCAGUGAUUGUGCAUGGGAAAGGGUACGACAUGAGCUUCUGCGUGUUCUGCAGGUCAUUCUGUUGGAGAACAACGUAUAG